UGCGGAUGCACAAUGUGUACUUUGUGGACUGGGGUGUAUUUUGAGGAAAAUUUGAGGCGUAGAAUGGGUUAAUGGUCUGAAGAAAAAAAAAAUUAUGAAUGUGUUGCACUUAUCAGAAACUGUCGCUUAUGCAUCCAAACAAGAUGGUUAAGACCACAUACCAAAACGGGGAAUUUGCCUAAAGCCAGUCACUCUUUUCCCUGUGAUUCAUACAAGUGGAUAGGAUAGCAUUGCCAAAGCACUCGGAGAACUAACUUUAUACACAUAAAUUUGCACAGAAAUUUUGAUGGGGAGUGGAGUAAUAGCAAUCCUACUUACGUUAAUGGCAGUAGUGGCAGAGAUGCAGAUUGAGGGCCUCACAGAUUUCACCAGACUCGAUUUUCCACCUCCUCCCAACUUCGUUUUUGGUUCUGGCUCUUCAGCUUACCAGAUUAAUGUCAUUAUCUAAAUGCAAUUUAAGAUGCUAGGUGGAAGGUGCAGCACUUGAAGAUGGAAGGACUCCUAGCAUCUGGGACACCUAUGCUCAUUCUGGUCACUAUAUUUCUGUUUCUUAUUUAUGUAUCCUGUUUUUCUAUUUAGGAUUAAGAAAAUAAUAGGAUAUACACAUGGAGCUAAUGGAGAUGUUGCAUGCGAUGAGUAUCACAAAUACAAGGAAGAUGUCCAUCUGAUGGCGGAGACUGGCCUAGAAGCAUAUAGGUUCUCCAUUUCAUGGUCAAGACUGAUUCCAAAUGGAACUGGAGCUGUCAAUCCAAAAGGACUACAGUAUUACAACAACCUCAUUAAUGAACUAAUUAACCAUGGAAUAGAACCGCAUGUCACCUUAUUUCAUUACGAUACGCCACAAAUACUUGAAGACGAAUAUGGAGGAUGGCUUAGUAAAAAGGCAGUAAAAGAUUUUGUUGCUUAUGCCAAUGUGUGCUUCAGAGAAUUUGGUGAUAGGGUGCAGCAUUGGACUACCUUCAAUGAGCCCAAUGUUUUUGUCUUAUUCGGUUAUGAUUCAGGACUAUUACCGCCCAAUCGCUGUUCUUCUCCCUUUGGGACCAACUGUACUAGAGGUAACUCAUCAACUGAGCCAUACACCGCAGCUCAUAAUAUUUUAAUGGCGCACGCAUCUACUGCAAAAUUGUACAUGAAGAAAUACAAGGCUGUGCAACAUGGUUUCAUUGGACUAAAUAUUUUCUCGUACUGGUAUAUACCUUACACAAAUGCAACGGAAGAUGUUAUUGCAACCCAAAGGGCAAAUGACUUUUUUAUAGGGUGGUUUCUGAAUCCCUUGGUUUAUGGUGAUUACCCUGAAAUAAUGAAGAAGAAUGCAGGGACAAGAAUUCCAACAUUCACCAAAAUAGAGUCUAGAGAAGUGAAGGGUUCAUUUGACUUCCUUGGAGUGAACCAUUAUGCCACAGCACAGGUCAAGGAUAUGUCCAUUAGCCUUCAAAUGGAUAGCAGGGACUUACUGGCCGAUAUGGCAGUCACCAUUAAGUUAAAUGAAAGUGAUUUUCCACCAGGUCAGUUUCCUCUAAACCCAGCAGGCCUUAAAGAACUUUUGGAGUAUUUGAAGGGAUACGGGAACCCUCCUAUCUACAUCCAUGAAAAUGGUCUGAGUGCAAUCCGAAAUGGAACGCUGGAUGAUAUACCAAGGUUACAAUAUCUUCAAGGUUUCAUUGGCAGUUUGCUGACUGCAAUAAGGAAUGGGUCAAAUACAAAAGGGUACUUCACAUGGUCCUUCUUGGACGUGUUCGAGUUACUGGAUGGCUACAAUUCUGGCUAUGGCUUGUACUAUGUGGAUUUAGAUGACAAAAAUUUGAAAAGAUAUCCAAAACUAUCUGCGCAAUGGUACUCCAGUUUUCUGAAAGGAAGAAGCACUAGUUCAGAUCAGAAAAUUGAAGUUUCCGCAAACAUAUCCGACUUCAAAGAGUCUCAUUUCUCUCAGUAGAUACUCAACACAAUCAUGUUUCCUGCUAUACUCGGCAUAUUAUCAUGUUGAAUCUACUCUGUAGUAUUAAUAAGGACUCCAAAGGGAACAAAUUUUUAAUUUAUUGCAAUCUAUUGACCUUAAGUAAAUACUGUAGAAUUUUUUUCAAGGGUACACGUAUCGAAUUUAUUUCUCGCAAA